AAGGAAUUGGAAGACCUGAAGGGUAGCAAAGGAAAGGAAGAAGAGUCUAGGGUUCUAGUUAUGGAGAGUUUGUUAGAGGACGCCAAGCGCCUCAAGAGCCGAUAUGAGGCCGAAUAUCUCAAGGAACACCGCGAAAAGUUGGUUUUAUUGGCAGAGAUGGAGGAAAUCCGAGCAGGAAGGGGUGACGGGGGCGAAGCGGCCAUCGCGUUGCGACAAAGGCUGAACGAGACUGUAGAUGAACUGGACAAGCUCAAAAAAGAGCACAACGAGCUCGAGAUCAAAUUCGAGCAAGUAAACAAGGAGCUUACUAUUGCAAAGUCUGACCUCAACCUUGUCAAUAAGGAUCAAGUGGAGAUUCUACACUCACUGAGAGAGACCCUCAACCAAGACAAAGAAGCUUUGGAAUCCGAAGUGAAUACUUUACGUGGCCAACUCACAGAGGUAUCAGAUAAGAACAAGAUGCUCCUUGAACAAGUCAAUUCUCUCUUGAUGGAAAAGGUCACCAUGCAGACCGAUGGCUUGGGUCAGCGAGAAAGAAUGCUUGAGAGGGAAAGAGAAUUAGGCGAUCUCAGAAUGGUACUCGCAGGAAAGGACAUACCAGAGGACGUCAAAGCUAAAAUGAUGUCCUUGCAUGAGGAGGCAUCAAAUGCCAGAGAGCAAUUAAAGACCGCCAACGAGAAGUUGACCAAGGCAAGACAGUUCAUCAAGUCGCAAGACAAGCUCUUCAGAGAAGAGCAUGCAAAAGCCCUAAAUAAUUUAGCUGGAGGGCAAUUUGACGAGGCCGAAGAAAGUUUCCGCUCUCAGAUCAAGAUUCUAGAGGACGAAUUAGCUCGUGUGAAGAAAUUAUCCAUCGAAGCAGAGCAGCGAUAUCGUAAAGAACAAGAGUUGAUGCUAGGUCAUCUUCAUGUCUUUGGAAUGAAGCUAGCAAAGCAACACCUCGCCAAUCAACCCAAGGCAGCAGGAGGGGGCGGACCAAAUAGCUGGUUAGGACAACAAAGAAUGAACGUAAGUGGUUCAUGGUGA